AGGACGGUGCCCUCAGGUCAAACCAGCCUGGUUCUGCAGCCUCUCCUUUCAGACACACAGUACAAAGUCACCGUGAUUCCUGUUUAUAAUGAGGGAGAUGGCCCGGCAUCCUCACAAAUGGGUCGGACACAUCCUCUUUCAGCUCCUAGGAACCUGCGAGUGUCAGAAGAAUGGUACAACCGCUUCAGGAUCAGCUGGGAUGUUCCUCCUUCGCCCACUAUGGGCUACAGAGUCGUCUACCAGCCUCUUUCUGCCCCUGGACAGGCGCUGGAGACUUUUGUUGGCGAGGAUGUGAACACCAUGCUGAUCGUCAACCUCUUGAGUGGGACAGAGUACAGUGUCAAGGUCAUCGCGUCCUACACCACAGGAUCCAGCGAGGCUCUAACAGGAAAGGCCAAGACUUUGUAUCUUGGAGUAACCAAUUUGAGCACAUAUCAAGUGAGGAUGUCUAGUGUUUGUGCUCAGUGGGUGCCUCACCAGCAUGCCAGUACCUACAGACUGGUUAUUCAAUCUGUGACUGGUAGUCAGAAGCAGGAGACGAAGCUCGGUGGAGGCGCCAGCAGACACUGUUUCAGCAGCCUGAAGCCCAACAUGGAGUAUAAGAUCAGCAUAUUCUCUCAGCUGCAGGACGGGACUGAAGGACCUGCUGUCACUGCAAAUGUGAAGACAUUACCAAUCCCAACACCAGCACCGGCCAAGCCCCCGACCACCACGCCGCCACCCACAAUCCCUCCUGCUAAGGAAGUUUGUAAGGCAGCCAAAGCAGACCUGGUCUUUUUAGUUGAUGGUUCCUGGAGUAUCGGUGACGACAACUUCCUGAAGAUUAUCCGCUUCCUGUACAGCACCGUCGGAGCUCUGGAUCGGAUAGGCCCAGAUGGCACGCAGGUGGCCAUCGCCCAGUUCAGUGACGACGCUCGGACUGAGUUCAAGCUGAACUCCUACGGAAACAAAGAACGUCUGCUUGAUGCCAUCAACAAGAUCUCCUACAAGGGAGGAAACACUAAAACAGGUCGAGCCAUCCAGCAUGUGAAGGAAAACAUCUUCACCGCUGAGGGAGGAGUCAGGAGAGGAAUCCCUAACGUCCUUGUGGUUCUGACUGAUGGCCGAUCCCAGGAUGAUGUCAAUAAAGUUUCCAAAGAGAUGCAGAUGUCAGGUUACAUUGUGUUUGCGAUCGGCUUCGCUGAUGCCGACUAUGGAGAGUUGGUGAGCAUCGCCAGUAAACCGAGCGACAGGCACGUCUUCUUCGUGGACGACCUGGACGCCUUUCAGAGGAUCGAAGAGAAGCUGGUGACCUUUGUAUGCGAGGCCGCUACCGCGACUUGUCCAUCUAUACCAAUGAGUGGCAGCACAACCCCAGGUUUCCGUAUGAUGGAGCUGUUUGGACUUGUUGAAAAUAAGUACAACAGCAUCGCUGGUGUUUCCAUGGUACCUGGCACCUUCAAUGCCUUUCCCUGUUUCCACCUGCACAGCAACGCUCUGAUGGCACAGCCAACCAGGUUUAUCCAUCCUGAGGGGCUUCCCUCCGACUACACCAUCACCCUGCUGUUCAGAGUGCUGCCUGACACGCCGGAGGAGCCCUUUGCUAUCUGGGAGAUCCUCAAUAAGAACAACGAUCCGCUUACUGGAGUCAUCCUGGACAAUGGAGGAAAAACUCUGACAUUCUUCAACAACGACUACAGGGGAGAUUUUCAGACUGUCACAUUUGAAGGUCCAGAAAUCAAAAAACUCUUCUUCGGAAGCUUUCACAAGCUGCACAUUGCAAUCAGCAAGACGAGUGCCAAAGUGUUCAUCGACUGCAAAAUGGUGGCAGAGAAGGUCAUCAACGCAGCAGGAAACAUCACCACAGACGGAGUGGAAGUUCUGGGCAGGAUGGUUCGCUCCCGAGAGAACAAGGACAACUCUGCACCGUUCCAGCUCCAGAACUUUGACAUUAUUUGCAGCACAUCCUGGGCCAACAGAGACAAGUGCUGUGAGCUGCCUGGUCUGAGGAAGGAGGUAGACUGUCCGGCCUUUCCCAAAGCCUGCACCUGCACACAGGACAGCAAAGGUCCAGCUGGUCCUCCCGGAGUGCCUGGCGGUCCUGGAAUCAGAGGAGCCAGAGGUGAUCGUGGAGAGCCGGGUCCAGUGGGACCCGCAGGUCCUGUUGGAGAUACAGGCAUACCCGGACCUCAAGGACCCCCUGGACGUCAGGGACCAAGCGGCCGCUCCAUCAUUGGACCCCCUGGUCCUGUGGGUGAGAGGGGGCAGAAAGGUGAAGCUGGCCAACAAGGACAACAGGGUAUACCUGGAAGACCUGGCCCUGCAGGAAGAGAAGGACCUCCAGGACCCAGGGGACUUAUAGGCAAAGACGGCCCACAGGGCAGACAGGGACCGCCAGGAACUAUGGGGACUCCAGGAGCUCCUGGAUCUCCUGGAAAUACCGGCCCCCAAGGAAAACAGGGAACCCUGGGACCACCAGGUCCACCAGGAACAAAGGGAGAGAAAGGUGAACGGGGUGACCUCCAGUCAACGGCGUCAGUUCAGGCCAUUGCCAGACAAGUCUGUGAGCAGCUGAUCCAAAGUCACAUGUCGCGCUACAACACUAUCUUGAACCAAGCGCCCAGUCCACCAGUGUCCAUCCGCACAGUGCCUGGACCUCCAGGAGAACCUGGUCGUGAAGGUGCCCCGGGACCCCAGGGAGAACAGGGACCACCAGGAAGGCCAGGCUUUCCUGGCCAGAAUGGUCAAAAUGGAAAUCCUGGAGAACGAGGUCAACCAGGAGAAAAGGGGGAGAAGGGAUCUGCAGGCGUUGGUGUCCAGGGCCCCAGAGGGCCUCCGGGGCCUCCUGGUCCCCAAGGACAGGGCAGACCUGGCAGCCAGGGUCCAACAGGUCGCCCUGGAAACCCUGGAACUUCUGGUCGGCCCGGAGUUCCCGGUCCAGUCGGCCCUCCAGGACCGCCGGGAUACUGUGACCAGAACUCUUGUUUGGGCUACAAUGUUGGAGAAGGGGAAGAGAUCACUGACGUCCGCGGUAUCCCUCCAGUCCAACUUCCGUCCAGCGUUUUCCAAAACUACGGAGAGGCAGAAGAGGAUGACCCAUACCGCUACUACCAGCCCAAUUACCCAGCUCCUCAACCCGUCUCGCCUGAUGACCCCGCGCUGGCGCUGGACGAUGUCGAGCUGAGGUCCCCCGGCGUGUACCGCAGCAAACGGAGCACAAAGGCGGAAGAGGAGCAAGCCGGGACAAAGAGGAGAAUAAAGAGAGGAGUGAAGAAUCUUCCUAAACUAACUAACUGAGAGGAGGAAGCUGGAGGACAGAGGGACGCUUGCUCUUUGUGAUUGGAAGGCUUGGAGCCAUUAUGAACUAAUCAACAAGUGCCUGAUGUAGGGGGUUUCUUAUGGACAUUGGAGAUGGAACGGGAGGGGUAAUGAGGUUGGGAAAACUUAACUCAUCUAUGCUAUUGAAUUAACUUCAACAGAACAGAUUUAUUUAGCUUUAUUCAUUUUGUUUAGGUCAAGCAAAGUGCUCAGAAAGGUACUGAACUUUUGUUCAUAGUACCCAAAAACUGUCAGUAUUCAAUUUAUCGAUUUGUUUUCAGGUCUUUCGGUUUUUCAGCUGGUUGUUUAAGUGCCUCCUAGUGUUUUUUCUGGUACUUUGAUGGUAAAGUAAAGUAUCUUUUGUUUGAAGGUCUCUUUUGAUGUCUGUUAGCCAUGGAACGAUUUGCUUGAGCCUUCCAUUUGUUUAUUUAACCAGUGAACAUGUAAAAUGGUUUUACAGUGCAACAUUUCCUGUAAUCCUUUCUUUUGGCCAUGUUUGCAUCAAGCUGUGUGAUUUACACCCCACCCCUCUGUUUUGAAGGCACGUACAAAUUGCAGCCAGGGAUUUUUCCAUCUUCACAACUGGUAUUUGUGGAGUUUUGCAUGUUUUUAUUUCAUUUUAACAUGUGAUGUAUUCAUUUCUGACCUGAUAAAGCCACAGAUACACCUAACCUACAUAUCAAGAUGGUUUUAUGAAUGCUUAUUGAUAUAAUAUUAAGCUAAUACAUGUAUGUUUGAGAAGGUUGAUUAAACUAAAACUUUAUAAAUCCAUAGAUAAUGUGGGCAAAAAACAGACAGACUGCUGUUUCUCACCUGUUGCCUUUUAAUUUUACCAGUUAAUUUUUUUUCAACAUUUCCUGUUUGUAUUUGUAAUCAGUUAGCCAUCUGUUCCAGAGAAAAUACUCUACAUCCAUUUCUUUUUUUUAAUUUUAGGUCAGCUUUAGAACAUAAAUGAGUAAAAAUAAAUUAAGCACACUAAUUCCAUAUGCAUGAUUGGUUUAUUAUCUUAGUUUUCAUGCUGUACCUUUUUUUUUGACUCCCGUUUUCCUUGUCGGUGUGAUUAAAUUAUAUCCAAUCACAUUUUCAAUUUUGUAAAUGUUUCCUCCAUUUGGUUUUUUUCUGAAGCCUUUGGUCUGUUACUGCAGCAUCUGAUCAGAAUGUUUAAAACUAAAAA